CGUCAUGCAGUUGACUGCCAACGAUGUUCCGUUUUCUACUGCCAAAACGGCGCCGCCGUCUUUGGACUACUGCAACUGCUCACGUCCCGAGACGCAGAAGCGUAGUGAAUACGUCAUGAAUUCCAUGACGUCACUGACUGACUACAGAAGCUCUCAACGCCCGAUGAUUGGUGUCUAUCCAGCUGAUCUCUAUAACCUACUUCUAUCAAAAUAAUGGAUGUUAAUCGAUUUAGUGUUGAUAGAUCGUUGCGCAGUAAUGCUAAUUUUCCUCAUUUCGGUAGACCAAAGGUUAUUGGAUACUUUAGCCUAGAUGAGAACAAAAAAUUUAUGCCAAAUGCAGCGCAACUAAGGUACCUCGUCCGUUCGUCAGAUAUUACUACUGAGCUCGAUCUCAAACAAGGCUACCAUUUGUGUAAACAAUUAACCACAGCUGAUGAACAGGGAUUGGAGAGUUUAUUGCGAUGGAUUUUGCUAAACACGCCCAAAAUCAGAGCCGACCAAGAAUCUGAUAGAUGGCUUCAGCCACAUUUUGUUUGCUUUCGUGGCCUCUUAACUACCAUAUGCUGUACACCGUUUGAAAGACAAGAGGGGUGGAUAUUCAGUGCUUCUAAAUGGCGAGGGACAAUUUAUCUAAAUCGAUUUCUCACGGAGGAAGCGCAGCAUGCAAAAAACAAUUAUCCAGAGUCUUUGCUACAGUUCAUGGCAUGGGGAUAUAAAUUUGAACAGUAUUUACUUUCAGAAUCACCCGGGCAGAUCCCAGAUACUUCGCAAGCUGUAAAUGCAGCACCAGAGUUUGACAUUCUCUUUAAAUCUAGACUUGCUGAACACAAAUUAUUGUAUGCGGCAGAGAUUGAUGGGGUUGAAUCAGAUGAGAUACUGGCAGAGCCAAUAGAUUGGGAUAAAAAGAAACUGGUAGAGCUAAAAACAUGCCGAAUUAUAGAGGACACAAGGCGGCAUCGAAAUUUCAGAAGAUACAAGCUCAUAAAAUGGUGGUGCCAAAGUUUUCUUGUUGGUAUUGAGAAUGUCAUCUGUGGAUUCAGAGAUGACAAUGGAAUUGUGAAGCAUAUCACCAGUUUCGAAGUUGCAGAGAUGGCCAGAAUGUCCAAGGAAUUCUGGACUGGGUCAGAAUGUAUGAACUUUGCUGCCGAUUUUCUAAACUUUGUCAAGUCAGUGGUUAAAGAGGACUAUGACAAAAGCGUCUACAAAUUUGAGUGGGCACCAGGUAGAGACGUACAGGUGAAAGUGUUCCCUGGUAAAUGCGAAUACUCGGCACUCCCACAAUGGUUCAUCAAUAAUGCAGAACCAUAUAAUCGCAUCAGCUAAAAGUUUGCGAGUCACAAGAAUAGUGGUUUUAUUUUUUUACAAAUUUGGACGAGAGUUGACAUUAGUCUCGAAGCCAAAGCAAGCUGCUCCUUUAAAUACAAACUUUUAUUUGGAUCUGGACGAUGCGAACGUCUAUGCAGCAUCGUUCUGCUAACCUACAUUCGACCGAUUUGCCGAUGCCAACUUAUAGUACCCUUUUUGUUUCUGACCCUACUGUUUUAUUUCCCGCUUUGAAUACUUUUAUAACUUUCGUUGAUUCGGAACUGAUGUAUGAUCGUCGUUUUUACGAAUAAAAUUCAAUACUGCGGUA